AUGGUACGCUUGAGCUUCGUCUUCCUGAGCGCCUCGCUGUUAUUAUUGUGCGAUAACAACUCAGCUGUAGCUGGACAAAAUACUGUAACGUACACUGCAAAGCUUGGUGGCACUGUCCAAUGUCUCAGAGAAGUAAACGCUGCCCGUGAGUUGGGCCACUUUACUGAGGCAACAACCGACGAAAAAAAAAUAUCUGACCCUGGAGAAGGGGAGCUUGCUGAAAGCAAAUGGAAAGACCUUUGUGAAUAUUUGAUACCCACGCCAUCCGAAACAUAUGGCGCCCAAAAGGCUGUAGAUCCCUUCAAAGAUGGAACGUAUGCUUUCAAGUCCCUCACUGCCGAGCAACCAAACUGCACUGAAACUAUCGAUUACUGGAAGGCAGCCUACAAAAGCUUCACUGGUCUGCCGCCUGCAAAGGGUGAAGCGGGAACACUAUACGACAAUCAGGACAAUAUUUCCUUUGUAGCCCUAUACAACCCUUCAUCUAGUGCCACUGCAGACUGUCGAGUCGUUACUUGCACUCAAAAGGCGUCUCCUGCCGCCCUUUCGGCUGGUGUGUCAAGCGGCGGCAACGAUGCGAACACGAAAUUGGGCCACGCUAUGCUUUGCAAGACGACGCCUACUGCUUUUGAAAAUGAUAGCACUGCUCCAUUUACGCAAGAGCAAUGGGACAAGAUCAAAUAUUCUCUCACAGGAUCCGCGUCGAUAGCAGCUCCAAGCCUGGUUGCACUUGCCAUUGUGGCAUUCGGCAUUACGGCUGUAUGA